AUGACGAACGCUUCUUCCGAUGUUCCGGACCGCUCUUUCACUGAGUGGGUUCUUGCCACUGCGAUACCGCGGGAGGGCAUAAACGUACGCCUCAACUCCGGCUUCCACUUCUCCGCCGUCGACUCGACUCUGCUUGCCAUCUUCACCUUCGUCACUGCUGAGGACCCCAACUUCUACCUCAUCAACGACUGCAACUUCGACGUCUACGUCCGUGAGGCUAUUGGCGAACAUCCAGGUUACAGCCCGAUUGUAAAUUGCGCUAAUUUUGGCGAGAGCCAAGAAGUCGUGCUGGCUGGUAAAGGCGGGACUGGCUAUGGGUCUUUCCCGGUCUAUCAAGACGGCUGCGGACACAGCUACAAGGUUGCGCGGCAGCCUCGUGGCGAGGUCUACCAGUUCGAGUUCACCUGGGCCCAUGAAGGCACUGGUAUUUGGUACGACCUCAGCCACAUCAACGGCAACCCCUUCAAGGACGUCGAGCGCGAGAUGUCGCCCCACAACGGAUGCCCUACCCUCCACUGUGACGCCGGCAACGAUGGCAGUCAGUGCGACUACGAUAUUCAGAAGAACUGUCCCACUCCUAGUCCGAUCGCAGGUUUCCUUUGCGGCAGGACACAUGCCGUGGACUGGAAAAAAGUCAAGGCCAAGGCCGUGUCGCUGAAGAGCCUCCCACCUGCUCCUUAG